CCAGAACUUCCCCUGCUCUGGCCAUGUAGACCUCAGACUCCUAGGCUUCUGAAGCCCACAGUCUCCCCUGGGAUUUACAAAGGGCCUACAUUUGUGUGACAUUGAACUAAGGUGAGGGAGGCCAGUGAUGGGGUUGGCUGGGAAAAAAGGCAGAGACCAGAGGGCCUGAGAUCUGUCAGUCUCUCCAUAGCAGCAUACACGGUGCAGGUCUCUGGACUGCACAAGGAACGUGGGUCUUUGAACCUUGCCUACUCACUACUGCUCUAUAAAUCGGUGUCUUAAGGCCAGGGAUGGAAGCCAGAGAAACUCAGAUUUUAAAGCUCCUCACAGCUGCUCCAGGACCCCCUUACAUUAUGAUAUUUUGUUGGAUUUUAUUUUGAAGUAUAUGUAGACACUUAACUGUGGUUUCCCACGUGGAUCCUCCUUAAGAGCAAAAAGGCAAGAAAUUCCUUCGGCAUGAAGAAAUGCCGUUAAUGAGUUCCAGAGCUCAAUCUGCACCACUCCGGCCCCCUGCAGCAGUCAUCUGGAUACCAUCGAUGGUAUUUUAUUAGACAGGCAUUUAAUUAGAGAAAGUUUGUGGGGCCAGAUUCUUUCCAGCAUGUGAUUCACAUUCAGGAAUUUCUUACACAUCCACCUCUCCCCUCAUGCUGUUUGGCCCUGUGCUUAAAAUCUGAGUAAUAAGACAUCUUUGAAGAUUUAAACCAAGUAAUGCAAAAAAAAAAAAAAAAAAAAAGCUCAGCCUGAAGAACCAAGAAGCAGGGUCAGCCCAAAGGGAUGCAUUAGCCUCAGAGCCACCCUGGUUGUGAGUUGCCAAGCAUUUUUUAAAAAGAGGGUUAAAAAUCCAGAUAGAGAACAUUUUUAACAUUGGUAAACUGAUAGUGAAUGUGCCUAGAGGCUCGUUUAGUUUGGUCUUCCCUUUUUUUUUUUUUUUUUUGGUUUUUUUUUUUCGGAGCUGGGGACCGAACCCAGGGCCUUGCGCUUCCUAGGCAAGCGCUCUACCACUGAGCUAAAUCCCCAGCCCCUGGUCUUCCCUUUUUAUCUAGAGCCGCUGACCAUGUGCGUUUAGCCUGCUUUCUCCACUCAGAAUGCUUUCUGUCUUCUCUGAGCAGCACUGUGUUUGCCACAGAUGCAGCCCUCACCGAAUGAGCACUGAGUUACAGGUAGAUUCAGCCUAUGAGUCGUCACUCAGGUGUAGUUUCUCUGUGUGCCUCUGUCUUGAUCGCUUGGCUUUGCCUGAGCCCCUUACCUGGGUUAGCUAGAAUUUCAAGAGUGACCGUUAACUCUCCUGCAAGCUGUUUCCCGAGCUGUUUCUCGGUCCUCUCUCCCAUCUGUAUGCAUUGCUCCUCCGAGCUCCUCCAAGGCUUCCCUCCCUCCAUCACGGUGCAUGGCUCGGGUCUGUUCUGUUGUUGCUGAAUUCUGCCAAUGAAAUGCAAGAAUUUUCUUGGUGAUAUAAGUAUCGAGCCAGUUUCUUCAAACUCGAAGGGCAGGCUGUAGCUUCAUGCUGGCCAAGCAAACACAGAGGGACAGGCACGAUGAUUGGCAGACCCCUCUGAGCAGGGACUAACUAAAGGCAUUGACUUUGGUGACACCAAAGAACCGACUGGCACUGUUCUUUCCUGGUUGGUUCAAUCCACCCCUUUCCCUCGUGUUGAGCUGAAAGUUCAAACAGGGAAAAUGAACUCACUGGAGACCGAAUACCAGGUACUGGAUGUUAACACAAAAGGCCUGGCAUUCAGGCCAAAAUUAGCCUCUUCGCGUCAGUUUUCUUUUAACUGAAGAAGAAAUAAUAAUGAAAAUCGUUUUUUAAAAAUCCCAUAAUGAUCCAGACGUGGAGUCAGCUUAGAUCAAAGAUCCAUGCGGCCCGGUUGCCACCAGUGGGACAGAAAGCUGUGUGGUUCUUCCUUUAGUAGCCUAGAGAGAGACUUCUGAGUAUGUCUCCUGGCAGCAGGGGUUGAAGUGUGGAUUCAUUGUCAGCCAGCUGUGGCAGGGACAAGGUAAAGGGGUAGGUCUGUUGGAAAAAAGGUCUUCAUCCGAUGAACAGCAUAGCAGUCUGAGAAAGCCAUAGAUGAAACCUCUCACCCAGAAGCUUGUUGCUGUCCAAGAAAACCCGACCAGAAAGAAGCUAUGGACGAGCUUAAAAACCUCUUGAGAGCUCUCCAAGCAGCUAGGCUUUGCCUUGUUCAGCGUGACGACAUGGAGCCCGGGAUGGCCACUGGGCGUAGCCUAGAAGGGGGCUCCCCUGCACACUCGUGGCUCUGGUAUUGGACGGCAGCUUCCCAUGGUAGGCAGCAUUUGUACUUCUCCCUGAGGACUCUGGGUCAGGUUAGCUGUUCUUUGGUGACUUCAGAUGACAGCUGUUGAUGUGGGAAGCCUGCAGCUGUUGGGUUGGAGUUUGAAAGGUCAGCUGAGUGAGACAAGGGUUGGUGCUGCAGCCAGGUGGCACUGCAGCUCCCUGCUGGGGCCAGGCGGGGCCGCUUCAGAAUAUUGAGCAGUGGUAGGAAAUUGCAGAAGGCAAAGCACUUGGCCAAGGCACUUACAGAGUCUGGAGGUGGGAAUGGGACAUGUGGGGUACAGGGAGCUUUGAGGUAUUGGGUCUACACGAGGCUGGGUGGUCAGCUGUCCCUAAGGUAGGACACAGCAGAGGGGUCGUUUAGGUGCGUGUGGCACAGUACUGACCAGUCUGUCAUCCCUCACGAUGUUGUCUCAUGCAGCUGCACCCUCCACUCCUUUUCCCCCCGGCUUCCAGUGCCCUUUGUGAGAAGCAAGGCCCUGGCCUCUCUGCCUGCGGUGUUGCACAAAGACCACACUUAGUUCUUGAGUUACCGAGAAUGACUGUUCUCCCCGGGAGCACCGAGAAGGGAUGAGGGGUUGUCGUCCCUUGCUCUCACCUCUUCCCUCCUUGGAAAAUUUGCUGCAAACCUCACUAACCGAAUCUCACCAGCCCAGCCCGUGUCUUUUAACACAAUUUCCUCCUGUCCUCUCUGUGUGUGCAUUUAAUCCUCGAAGUAAUAAUAUGUUAUAUUAAAAUUUUCUAAUUCACUGAAUUAAUUCUCAAGUAGAAAAGUCUGGGGACUUCGUUCUCAUGUCUGUCGUUUGUUUAAUAAAUUUAAGAGACAUUCUUUCCAUUGUUCCAUUGUGCACAGUUUUGUCAGCAUGUACCUGCCACCUGGGAGAAGACGCUCUGUUUUGAACACUCUGUCUUGGUCCUCGGAGCAUGGCAAACCCUCUGUCCCUUGCACUGUUGGAGCACUGUUUGGUGUCCUUUUCUUUAAAACAACCCAAAACACUGCCUAAAUACCAAUUUGUACCUGGGAUACCCAUUGUAGAACAGCACAGCACUCCUCUCACCCAGUGGCACUUGGACAGACUGAAACGUGUUCACCCGAGUGCCGGGAGAAGUGUAGACUUGGCUUUCGUGGCUCAUCUUCUCUCAAGGCCUUGCACCAUAUAAGGUGCCAUGGGGUGGAGCAAGCCCUUGAAGGAGAGCAGGGUCACUGUGAAGGGGGACAGAUGUCAGUGGAACAGAUCGCAUCUGAGACAGCAGCUUACAUGGGAUGCUCACACAGCCGGCCUACCACAGGCUGGGCUUUCCUAUUCCAUGGGAGUAAAACACCCGAGAUAUAUUGGCUUUGGUGGGAGGGAGUGGGGCAUGGUCUGUGAAGGAAGCCAUGCUGGUGUCUCCAGCAGGCAAGCCCUCUGUCCUUCCGGUGGGCACCCACAGUGCAUGCUCCUCAGAUGCUGUCCGCUUUCACACCUGCACUGUGCUUCAGUGUGGAACCUUCACACAGCAUGAACUCCUGUCACCUGGGCGCUCUCUGUCCUCUCUGACAACCAUGAGUUUGGUGACUGAGCAUGGAAGAAACUCAUGUCAAAUGUUUGCAUGGUACUAAUACCUCGUGUUACUACUCUGAACUCAAGAGGCUUUUAAAAAAAAAAAAACCCGUCCUUACGGGCAUCCGGCUGUUAACGAACAAAAAAACCUGUUUGAUGUGAUUGUUCUUUCCCACCAAUGGCUGAAGCUUUGUCCUUCCUACAAGAUGGCACACUAGACUCCAUGUUCUCAUCCCUACAGUGACAUCAGGUUCAUAAGUUUUCCACCAUCUUCAAACAAAGCAGCAUUCUCCUGUCUCCUUGCCCUAUAUGUAAGAUCUGUCUUGUGUGCUCUCUGCCAUUUUUACCCUGAGUCGCCCCCUGUCUGUCCGUCCGUCCGUCCUCCUGUCCGUCCACCUGCCUGUUUUUCUGGCGUCACUGUUGCUUGUCUGAAUGGCUUGGCGACAGAUCGUGAAGUGAAUGGCCUGUUGCCUGUUGAGUUUUUCUCAAAGGGCGCUGGUUCUGAGAAGCGCGUGUAACUUUCCCCGACCACCUAAGGCACUACGAAGAGGACCCCGUCUCUAACACUGGUAAACUGCGACCUCUCUCUUCCGUGUGGGAACCUUGCCAUUCCAGCCAGCUGUUGUCCUAGGGUCUGCUGGGCAGGGACCCACCUCUGACUCAGUGUGGUGGGGAUUUCCUCAUGGUUGGUACACAGACCAGACAGUCUCUAUCGAGAUUUCAUUGUCUUCUUUUAUAGUGGGAAGUCGUGAGUUUGAAAAGAGUCCUGCGUUUCUUCUGUCUUUCCUACGUAUGCCUCGGGGUGAACACAUUCUGGGUACAUAGGUUAAAAGUAGAUAUUUUAGAACCAGGUAACAAAAGAUAGGAUUGUGGCCCCUAAAACCUUGCAAAGGAAGUCAGUUUAUUCGGGGGAAUAGUGAAGAAAUGUUGAAAGUAGAAGUCAUCAGCGCCAUCAAAUUUUCUCAUUUUAUUAUUUAUCAAAUGGUGAGUUUUCUAGUUUUCAAUUCAUUGGGUUUUUUACUCUCUUUACAGGAAAAGAACCUACACAAAAUCCCUAUCAAGUUUAAAAUUAGACACUCAUCAACUUACUGACUAGUUUACGAAGUGGGGCAGGUCCAGAAGCAUGUGAAAUGCCAUUUUAAUUACCUGAGAAAUAGAUUAAUAGAUUGGUGUUCUCUCUCUCUCUCUCUCUCUCUCUCUCUCUCUCUCUCUCUCACUCUCUCUCUCUCUCCCUCCACCCCUCCCUCCACCCCUCCCUCCCUCUCCACACCCCCCCCUCCAAGGCUUUGGCCUAAUCUGAAGAGGCAGGUCAUUAAUAGGAAGCUUGUGCCAGUCCUCAGAGGGGACGGGAGGCAGGAAGCUGGGUUGCUCCUACAAGUGCCUGCUUCCCCGAGACCACUCAUAUCCUCUGAUAAGGAGUCUGCCCUGAGUGUCUGAGCUCAGCCUCCUGUGGGCCAGGAGAGAAUUAUGAAUGCAUUCUAAAAGAAAGUGACAGCGCUGCAGAGGCAGGCUCUAGGGUGGGUGAUAGUCUGAAAUCCUCAAAAAUGGCAGGGCCACUCCCAAGUCCCGUGAUUAUUUCUAGAACGACAAAGUGUCCACUUAAGGAGAUUUGAAAAGGCAACUGCCAGGACUGGGUGCCCUAAGAGCAGUGAUGGCCCACCCGGCUGACGUGAACCCAGACGGCUUCACACAGAUUAGUGAGGGAGGAAGAAAUCACGUGGGAAAGAGCAAAGGACUGGGGAGCUACUAACCUGAGUGCCUGAGGAGGUACAUGGCGACUUUUAGAAGUAGGGAAUGAUUUUUAUAAAGCCACUUGAAAUUUCCAGAGGUUUAGUGAGCAGCCGAUCUCUCCCUAAUUAUGAUAUCUCUUCCUGCCUCUUGCCUUACUGUCCAGGUGCUUUCUUGUAGGGUCCUACAGAAUUAUUUACCUGUAGCUCCCCGACAAAGAAAUGUCUCAUUUUCAUUUGUCAUCAGGAAAAGGUGGUUUAAAGAGCAGAAACCCAAGCGUCAAUCAUUCCGCACCUAAUCCCAAUUCUGUGUAGCCGUCCGUACUAACUCUAUAUAACCUUGAACCCUGGCUUGCUGUAGACACACCCUUCACGCCUGCCAGUCUGGAGACCCGAGCUGCCAGAUCCUACUUACUGCUCUUACUAGCAUGUCUCAUUGAUUGCCGCGUGGCAAACGGUGACGUCUUCAUUUGGGUACUGUAUCCCAUGUGAGGUUCCCAAGCCUCGAGGACGGGGCCUUGUCUCCAUAGGCCCAGCUUCAGAAACUUGGGCGUCUCCUUCCUUAGCUUUGCUGACGGAUUCCUAGAUCAAAGUGUUGGUGUUUAACCGUGUCUUAGUGUGACAGUUUUACACACCCAGCCCUCUUCCUUUCCUGAGUAGACCCAAGAACCUCUUCAGAAAAGGAAAUUAACCACCCCAACUUGGUUAACCCACCCCAACCCACCCCCUGCCCCCGUGAGGCAAUCAGACAUGGUUAGACCACAUGUAGAACCCUUCGGGCAAACCUGAGCUGUUGCCUGCCUUUUCUAUCCCUGGGGCAAGCGAGCAGGGCAGCCUUCCACCGUCUCUCUGAGGUAGUCUGUCCAGUAGGAAUUCUUCCAAACCUAACCAACUCUGUUCUUUAAAAGGUGUCAGGGCAUCCCCCUCUCAGAGACCGGUCUGUCGCUUAUGCUUCCAGCCUGCCCAGUGAACUAACGCCAAGCCUCGCCGGGGUGGGGGAUGGGGGGCCGCUCAGGCAGGACCUUAGCUUUUACCUGUGGAGGGUGGUGUGGUUGUCUCUGAAUGUGUGCACCUUACUCUCUCCUCGUGCGGCAGGAGGCGGCAGGCGGUUUGUUCUCUGCUGCUGGAAGCUGUUCACAGCCUGCCGGUAACCAUCUCCUCCACAGCCCGCCCCACUUGAAGCUAGCUUUCUAACAACUUUUCAUCCUUGGCUCCAACUCUCUCAGAGAGGUGAAUGCUUUUUCUGUACCACGUCACUGCAGCCCCAAGGCCCAGCAUGCUGUCACUUAUAACCGGCCCACCCGAUCUCGUGAGAGCGGACGGCUCCCUGACUGGUAGCCCUCACCUUUCAGAGCUGUCCAUCAACUCGCAGGGAGGAGCCGCCCCAGCCAACGUGACCCUGUCUCCCAACCUGAGUCCUGACAACAAGCAGGCCUCUCCCCUGAUCAGCCCGCUCCUGAACGACCAAGCGUGCCCAAGGACCGACGAUGAAGAAGAGGGCCGGCGAAAGAGAUUCCCAACCGACAAGGCAUACUACAUUGCUAAGGAAGUCUCCACCACAGAACGCACAUACCUGAAGGAUCUUGAGGUCAUCGCUUCGUGGUUCCAGAGCACAGUCAGCAAAGAGGACUCCAUGCCUGAAGCUUUGAAAAGUCUCAUAUUUCCAAACUUCGAACCUUUGCACAAGUUCCACACCAAUUUUCUGAAGGAGAUUGAGCAGCGUCUCGCCCUGUGGGAAGGCCGCUCAAACGCCCACAUCAGAGGAGAUUACCAAAGAAUCGGGGACGUCAUGCUGAAGAACAUUCAGGGCAUGAAGCACCUGGCGGCCCACCUCUGGAAGCACAGCGAGGCCUUGGAGGCCCUGGAGACCUCCAUCAAGGGCUCCCGGCGGCUGGAACACUUCUGCCGAGACUUCGAGUUGCAGAAGGUGUGUUACCUGCCGCUCAACACCUUCCUCCUGCGCCCGCUGCACCGGCUCAUGCACUACAAGCAGGUCCUGGAGAGGCUGUGCAAGCAUCACCCUCCGAACCAUGCCGACUUCAGGGACUGCAGAGCUGCGCUGGCAGAGAUCACAGAGAUGGUGGCACAGCUGCACGGUACCAUGAUCAAGAUGGAGAACUUCCAGAAGCUGCAUGAGCUCAAGAAGGAUCUGAUUGGCAUUGACAAUCUUGUGAUCCCAGGAAGGGAGUUCAUCCGCCUGGGUAGCCUCAGCAAGCUCUCCGGGAAGGGGCUUCAACAGCGCAUGUUCUUCCUGUUCAACGAUGUCUUGCUGUAUACCAGCCGGGGACUGACGGCAUCUAAUCAGUUUAAAGUCCACGGACAGCUCCCGCUCUAUGGCAUGACGAUCGAGGAGAGUGAGGAGGAGUGGGGCGUACCCCACUGCCUGACCCUGCGGGGCCAGCGGCAGUCCAUCAUCGUGGCCGCCAGUUCCCGAUCAGAGAUGGAAAAAUGGCUGGAGGACAUCCAGAUGGCCAUUGACCUGGCUGAGAAAAGCAAUGGGCCCACCCCCGAACUCCUCGCCAGCAGCCCCCCUGACAACAAGUCCCCGGAUGAAGCCACAGCUGCUGACCAGGAGUCAGAAGACGACCUGAGCGCCUCUCGGACCUCGCUGGAGCGCCAGGCCCCUCACCGUGGCAACACCAUGGUGCACGUGUGCUGGCAUCGCAGCACCAGCGUCUCCAUGGUGGACUUCAGCAUUGCCGUGGAGAACCAGCUCUCUGGGAACUUGCUGAGAAAGUUCAAGAACAGCAAUGGCUGGCAGAAGCUGUGGGUGGUAUUCACCAACUUCUGCCUGUUCUUCUACAAAUCACACCAGGACAGUCACCCCCUCGCCAGUCUACCGCUGUUGGGCUACUCACUCACCAUUCCCUCAGAGUCUGAGAACAUCCACAAGGACUACGUGUUCAAGCUGCACUUCAAGUCCCACGUGUACUACUUCAGGGCUGAAAGCGAAUACACAUUUGAAAGGUGGAUGGAAGUGAUCCGAAGUGCCACCAGCUCGGCCUCUCGGGCCCACAGCCUGAGUCACAAAGAAUCUCACCUGUACUGACGGCUGGACACGCCCACUGGACACGCCCACUGCCGCACCAUCCAUGGCUGCUUUCCUGGAGGAUACCUUGAAAUCCAGCAAAAUCCAUACCUGUGUGAGCACACCGAUGGUCUGCAGUGGUUCUCGCCCACCUCCCUUUACAGGCCAAUAUCCAAACAUUGUCUUUUCCAGUACUAGUCUCUUUGGACAGCCUUUCCCUCCAGGCCUAGGGCAUGGGAGGGCUUGUCUUGCCAUUCCUUCUCCAGGGGCACUUUAGCUUGUGCCAGCAUUGACACAGUGUCAUCAAGAGUGCCAAACGACUGCAGUACAUCCAGCGCAGGGCCCCAUGCCCCUUCACCGUGUCAGAGAAGACAUGGCGAGUGGGCUUUUCACCUACAGACUGCGGCUUUCCAAACGGAUUUCCCCAGUGUUUGCAACACACAGCGCAGUCUUAAGUAAAUGAGAUCAUUUUUGGAUUUCAUUUUUUUCCAGUCUUUCUACUUUUAUAAUAGGACAUCCGUAGGACUCACUUUUCUGGAAUAAGCAAUUUGUGGAGUACUCCAUUCCACUAAAGGGGUUGGCUCCAGGGAGACCCUGGUUGCCAUACCCACUUCCUUGGUGGAAGUUGACCAAACUGUUUGUGAUUACUAUUUACAAAAAUGUAGUGGGGUUGUUUUCUGUGGAGAAGCAGAUACCCAGUGGAAUACGUGGGCGUCACCGCCCUGCGUGUGGCGUGUUCAGUGGGGACUCCUAGGCCGUGAUGUUUUGCUGUCUGUUUCACAAGCAUGAGAAGGUGUAUGUCGUUGACUGGGGCCAUUUGUGCUGUUACAUUUUGGGGCAUUGAGUGAGCUUCUUGGAGAAGCACUGUAUGGAAAUGGUACGUAAUCCCAACCCUGGUGAUUGGCCCCAACUCCCCGCAAGGCCGUGGUUUGGUUUGAACCCGCACAUUCUCUAAUAGUAUCUAUUGUGCCUGUCUUCAAGUCUUUCUCUUUUUAUACUCAUUCCUUCUGGGCACGGGGUACAGACAGGAUGACAGCCCACAUCCUGGACAGACUCCUCUGGGGGACCUGGUUGCCAAACACUACCUGAGCCUCCCAGUGGAAAAAUGUUUGCUUGUUCUCUAGGGUGGCUGGGUGGCUGCCAUUCCCUUCAUGCACAGAGCCUGCUAUAAUGCAAGCUGGCCAGGUCAGCAGUCCCCUCUCCCUGUGCCCUACACCCCAGCAAGGGCCUUCUUACCUGAAAACAGACCCAACGUUGAGGGUUUGCGGCUGGUGUCAGAGACUCACAUGGAUGAGGAGUAAGAUGUGUCAAUCAUUUGCCUUACAAUGUACCAGAUGGUUCUAAGUACUAACAAAAGGGAAUAAAAAUACCUCAAGCCACGAUCCAGCACACACAGUCUGAGGCAAAACCA